AUUUCUUUUGCAGUUUUGUUCAGUGGAGGGACUGCUGUAUGUCAGCCAUGCUAAAGGGCAAGUGAUGGAGCUUUUUUACCUUUCUUGCUUUCCUAUAUACCCUUUGUGCUGGGCUUCUUCCCAUAGGUGAUGAAUGACGUGUCUCAUACGAGCUUUGGCUUCUGCAAACAGCCUAGAUGCAACUAAUACCACAUGGAGGGAUGCUUGGAAAACUGAUACGUUUUGUUUUGUUAAUGGCAUGUUUUGCGCAUUGGAUUUUUUAACCCACUACUUGCUGCAUGGAUGUAUAAUAAUGACUCUUUUGUUUAACAUUAGAUAAGCAUGAGAUCACCGUGGCACAGCUGCAUGUGUAGUCACUCUUGAAGCAAUUGCACACCUAAUUGGCUGACAAUCUUGGCAUUUUUAAAACAAACGCAAGCCUUUUAAAGACAGGGGACGUAUUUAUGUAUGAAUAGUCAAAUAAACCUGUUGAGUGUCAUCCAUGGAGCCCGCUGGCACUGAACAGUUGUGCGAUGACCCUGAUCCUGGAGGCAAAUCCCAAGAUCAAGAGACCAAAAAGCAACAUGAAUCAGAGCAAAAAUUAUCCAAAAUAACCCAUAAUGCGUUGGAGAACAUUAAUGUGAUCGGUCAAGGCUUGAAGCACCUUUUCCAGCAUCAGCGCAGGAGGUCAUCAGUUUCUCCGCAUGAUGUUCAGCAAGCUCAGGCUGAUCUGGAGCCUGAAUUGGAUCUGGAAAGCCAAAGCGUCUGUGCUGACAUUGAUGGUGUCUCCACCCACCCCACAGCUCUGAACCGAGUGCUUCAGCAGAUCAGAGUGCCACCUAAAAUGAAGAGAGGGACGAGCCUGCACAGCAGGCGGGGCAAGGCAGACGCCCCGAAAGGAAGCCCGCAGAUCAACAGGAGGUCUGCCCAGGAUAUUCAGUCGGGUCGGCCCAGAUCGUCAUCUACUACAGAUGCUCCCACAAACUUGUCCGUGAUGGAGAUUGUUUCUUCUGUCUGUGUAGGUGGAGAGGAGGCCACAGCGGCAGCAGUGAUGGUGGAUUGGGGCCGAAUUAGAGCUCCUCGGUCAUCCGGAGGUUGCCUCACCUUGCCUCUGCGGCAAUUGGAAAUUAAUGUUAAAAUCAUAAAACUUCGGCAUUUCCUCUGCAGUAGCCCCUAUACCUCCAUUUGCUGUUUUUCAGAUGAAGAAGUGGGUGGCGCAGAGGAGAGGUACCCGUGGUAUCGCGACACUCCUGCCAGAGCGCUCAUAGCAGUAAAGGGCUUUGAUAGGAAAAGGCACUGGAGGUGGUUGGUGCCGGUGCGGCAGUUGCAGACAGCGUCUCGGUGCCUUUCCCGUUCGUGUGGGACGGGGUCCUCCAUCACCACCGCUGGCGCGACGGUGGCACCUCGAAAGCCAAACCGAACCCAACCGGAGCUGUUUGUAAGGCGCUUCCAGUUCGGAGCGGGGCGUUUUCGCAGCAGCGUGUCCGUCGACGGAGGGAGCAGAGACUUUUCUGAAAACGGGCGCAGAGACACCGUGCUCGAUCCGUCCUGGAGAUGGAGCGGUUGGAGCAACUAA